AUGUCCCGCUCCUGUACUCUAACCAUAACUCAAAAGAGUGAUAAAUAUCCAGAAGAAUUAAAUACAAAUAAUUUGCCAAACGAUGACUUAAGUACCAUAAAGAAGGGCUUUUACAUUGAAUUUCCCAAAGUUUUCCUAACUUUUCGCAAAUAUUUCUCCAAAAAGAAAACAGAGGAAACAAAUCUAGAUAUAGCCAAAAAUGUGAAAAUCACUGAACAUUUGCUGACAUUGGAUGAGUUGUGCGACAAAUUUCAAACACAUUUGGAAAAUGGUUUGUCGGAAACGGAGGCCGACGUACGGCUCCGACGCGACGGUCCCAACGCUUUCACGCCUCCCAAACAGACCUCCCAUUGGGUGCUAUUCCUACGCGAAAUGACCAGUGGUUUCGCACUAUUGCUAUGGUUCGCAUCCAUUGCCAGUUUUGUCUCAUACGGUAUCGAAAAGACUAUACAAGAUGUAAGUGAAUACAUAGUUUUAAAAAACUGUAAUAUGCAUUACAACACUAUUUUUGAUCAUGUUGGUUAUUUGCUAUAUCUGGGUGUUGUGUUGGCUUUGGUUGUGCUAAUAACGGGCACCUUCUCCUACUACCAACAGGCCAGCAGUUCCGAUGUCUUCGCCUCAUUCAAGAAUAUGAUACCUCCGCAAACAUGUGUUAUAAGAGACGGCCAGAAGAAGUCACUGCCGGCCGAAGACAUAGUGGCCGGCGAUCUGGUCUACUGUAAGAGCGGCGAUAGAGUGCCCGCAGACAUACGUAUAGUGCGGUGCGAAGGCAUGAAAGUGGACAACUCGUCGCUGACGGGCGAAUCUGAUCCGUUGUCCCGAUCGCCGGACAUCGGCCACAACGCCGCUCUCGAGGCCAAGAAUUUGGCCUUUUUCUCGACCAAUUGCGUGGACGGCAGCGGCUAUGGAGUGGCGAUCGCCACCGGCGACAACACAGUGAUGGGCAGUAUUGCGAAACUGGUCUCCAAUAUCAAGAACGAGAAGACACCCAUCGCUCAGGAAGUGUCGCGAUUUGUCAAAAUAAUUACCGUCAUUGCGGUGUUGAGUGGAGUCAUAUUCUUCGGCAUCGCUUUCGGCUUUGGGGCCACUUUUUUCAAGGCAUUCAUUUUCAUGAUCGGCAUUACUGUCGGUAAUGUACCCGAAGGUCUUCUGCCGGCGCUGACUGUGGCCCUAACGAUGACCGCCAAACGGUUGGCCGCGAAGAACUGUUUGGUCAAGAAUCUGGAAUCGGUGGAGACGUUGGGCUCCACGUCCACCAUCUGUACGGAUAAGACCGGAACACUCACACAGAAUCGGAUGACUGUCGAGCACUGUUAUCUCGCCGACCAAGUGCUCAAAGUGAGCCACGAUCGGCCCGAAGUGGCCGAACAGAUGUCACCACUGGCCGAGUGUUGGCAGGCGUACAGCCGGUGCUGUCAACUGUGCUCUCGGGCCGAGUUUGUCGACCCGACGGACACCAACGCCGACAACAUAAUGACCCGCCAGUGUUCGGGCGACGCUUCCGAGACGGCUAUAUUGCGGUUCAUGGAGUCGACCAUAGGGUCGGUCGGCGAGUAUCGACGGCAGUACCCAAAGGUGGCCGAACGGCCGUUCAGUUCGUCCUACAAAUACCAGUUCUCCAUACAUAAGAACCCGACGCCCGGUGCCGAUGGCACUGAAGGCAACUUCUUUCUGGUGAUGAAAGGAGCGCCCGAACGCAUACUCCAGAUGUGCGGCUCUCAUAUCGCACCCGACGGCCAGACAGUGUCCAUUGAUGAAGAGUUUGUGUUUGGCUUUGAGGAGACGUAUCGCGAUUUGGGUUCACAGGGACUCCGAGUGCUCGCCCUUUGCGACUACGAGUUCACGCAAUUCCCGGCAAAUCAUAGAUUCAAUUUGGAUGAAGAGAUGGGCUUUGAAUUGAAGAAUUUGCGUUUUGUCGGACUCGUCGCUAUGAUAGACCCGCCCCGACCUACCGUUCCCGACGCUGUACGCAAGUGCCGCAGCGCCGGUAUCAAAGUGAUCAUGGUCACCGGCGAUCACCCCAUCACCGCCCAGGCUAUCGCCAAAUCCGUUUGCAUAUUCUCUCACUCUCACCGCCGCUCCACUCGUAUCUCAAUACUGGCCACCGAUGGCCAGAUUCGCAACAACACGGCCUCCAUUGUAGUGCCCGGAGAGGACCUCUUGGAGAUGACGGACCCGGAGUUGCGGGAAGUGCUCAACGAUUACCAGGAGAUUGUGUUCGCCCGGACGUCACCGCAACAGAAGCUCCGUAUUGUCGAGAACUGUCAGUAUUUGGGACAAAUAGUGGCCGUCACUGGCGAUGGUGUUAAUGACUCGCCCGCCCUUAAGAAGGCCAACAUUGGAAUCGCUAUGGCCGGCAUCAUAUCUGUGCCCAAACAGAUCAACAACACUGUGACGGUGCCGAUGGCCAGAGGGAAGCCGAAUAUGACGUAA